AUGAAGGAGGAAAGAGGAACUCGAGGAGACGAGACUUUGGGCACGCUGGAAGUGAGUACUCACAUUGAAGACUCUACCCCCAGCAACAACAACGACAUCAUACGCGUCACGUUGCCGGCGCCUAUCUUUGUGCGCCCAGCACUCGCACCACCACCAGCUUUCAUGCCAACACCACCAUCCACGACACCAACACCACCAUCCGCGUCACCUUCGCCAUCAUUCGCACCACCAUCUUUGUCAUUUGCGCCGGCACUAGCGCAUACUCCAGCGACACCAUCACCAACGACCACUAUGCCAUUCCCAACGCGACGGACACCAUGCACGAAUGCCCAGCGCACGCCCCUCCUCCUUCUUGUGCCAUCCACAUAUGUUUGA